GUUUGUUUUGAUUAUUUUUCGUGCAUUUUAAAGAAGUGUUUUAAAUGAAAUUAAGUUGUUUCCAAAACUUUUAAUUAUAGGCAAGAAGGCAAUGGAGAGCCCUUCUGUUUCCGGCAAAAGCAAUAAUUUAUUUAAUAAUUCUUGCUGGGACAUCUUACAAAGUGCAAAUAAUAAAAUCCUCACGGGAAACAAAGCGCUGGAUAAACAUUUUGGAGGGGGAAUAUCCAUGGGACAAAUUGUUGAGCUAAUUGGCAAUUCAGGCACAGGAAAAACACAAAUGUGUUUACAACUAUGUUUAAACGUGCAAAUACCCAAGGCUGCUGGUGGCUUAGAAGGAAGUGCUCUAUUUAUUGAUUCCCGACAGGAUUUUCAUCCUGAUAGAUUGCUUGGACUCGCGCAAGAACUGGAACAACAAUAUCAGCAUAAGUCACCAGAAUUUACAGCGCUUAAAAUGCUGAAAAAUGUUUACCAUGUCAAGUGUCUCGAUGUCGUUCAAUUGAUGGCCACAGUUUUCAGUUGUCACAGACACCUCGCAGAUCAUCCAGAUAUAAAACUGAUUGUAAUCGACUCACUGGCGUUCUCCCUGCGAAUGCUUGAAGACGGCGCCCGGCGAUACGAGUUGCUCCUGGAACUUCACGAAAGCAUGAGACGUCUGCAACGUCAACACGAAUUGGCUUGGGUCGUUACCAAUGUGCUUACGCAUCGUCGCAUCAGAAAUCGGUUCCAAUUGCGUCCCGCCUUGGGGGACCAGCACUCGCACCUGAUCAAUGAGCGCAUCUGGUUUUUGGCCAACUCUGAGCGUUACUUGGGCAAGUCAUGGGGAGCAAGAAGAUUAAUUAAGGAGUCGGACUGAGGGUAGAAAAUUAAAUUAGCAAUUAAGAAAAACACGUACCAAACAUUGAAUAGCAAGUAGUAUUUUUCCAAUAGUCAAUACAUUGUUGCAUGGCCAGCGAUGAAGAGGAGCAGCAGUGUUAAGGGAAAACAGGAUCCUGAGCCGUUUGGCACAGAAAACGAGGCGCACUUGCUAAAAGCUCCUCCGGUCACCUCCACUCCACGAAGACCACGAUGCUAUCAAUGGCGCAGUUCCAGAUUGACAGGCGAGCACUGCCUGAUUUAUGCGCGCGGCGCAGGAAUGUGGCAAAGUGUAAAAGUGUUUACACAUACGAACGGCGACACCCAAACCAGACUGCUGCUCUCUAGCUCGCAGGCUUUUGAUUAUACACAGCGCAAAAUUAAAGGAGAAAAAAAGUAUAUGAAAAUUACUUUCGAAAGGGGACCCGGAAUCGCACUUCGGGAUCCCAUAACUUUGUCGAUUUUGAUCCGAUUCCAAAGGGGCAUACCUCUAAGGAUUUGUAAUGGGAUUACAAAACAAUCCGCGUUAAAAUUUUUCAUUUUGAAGAUGGUUGAUAAUUUGACCCCUGUUCAUGUCAGAUAUUUUUCAAUUUGUUGAUAGAAUUCCUGAGCCCACAACUUUGUCCCUUUUAUUCAUCAAAAUGUUUAAUUUGGUGAAGUUUUGCUAUAAGAUAUUUAUUUGUUCAACAUAAGCCCUACAAGAAGUAAAAACAAGUUUGAAAAUUGGACUUACUUGGGCGACAUAAGUUGAUGCAUAUUUCUCAGUGCAUCCCAGCGGCGAACACGGAGCCUCGGGCAGCAGCUAGUCACGCAUAUGCAGCGACAACUAAUUCAAUUUCCACUUGCCAGAAGGAGGCGGCUGUUUAGCCGAGUGUGCACGCCUAAUUGGUAAUGCGAUCGGCUUUAUUGAGGCGCUGGAUUCGAAGCAGCACUUGUGGCUAUAGCUCUGCCCAUAUAGCUCUGUGUCGCUGGAUCCGAAUCUGUGGAUGUGACUGGGACUGGUGCCUGGUGGCUGCUGCCUGGUGGAGUUGCUGGUGCAGUCACAGGCUAUCGCUGUCGCUCAGCGCAAAUCCCAUUACGUGCGAUCCGUUUCGAGCCAUAAACAUGUAACAGCUGCACACCCCCUCCCAGUUUCCCUCGAUUCCACCGAUCCCACCGAUCCCACCCGAUCCUAACCGAGUUUCCUGGCUUCCAGCGGCGCAACUUGUCGCUCGAACUUAAUUGCCUCGGUUGCGCUUAUGACUUUCGUGUGCAAUGCAUCCUCAUGGUCGACCACAUCACCAUCCGCAUCCACAUCUGCAGCAUUAGAAAGUAACUCCAGCCGGCGAAAAGCUAUGGCUAUCAACAUCGGGCUCGCAUCGUCUUCGUCGUCAACGCUCGCCUGUCGCUGUCGCAGUCUCAAAGUUGCUGGCGCUAUUUUCGACACUGCCUGGCCCGCCAUAAAUUUUCAACUGCCCUGCAAUGCACUCAGGUCUCAAAAUUAGAAAUAGUCUGCUUAAGCCAGCUGCACCUGAAAAACUGUUUAAUUUUAUGUUUUUUUUUUAGAUUUAAAAGCGUUAUUUUUCUAAAGAGCGGUUAAAUAACGUAUGUUUAACUUUAAGAAUCCACUAA